AUGCGUAAAAACACAGUGCCGCCAUUGGCAGAAAACAAGGUAGGGAAUCUAGUGGAUUUUUCAACAGCACACUACUCUCACUCUGGAGAGAGUACUAGUGGCAUAGAUUUGGAAGACUUGGUAGCAAAAAUCGGGGAAGCGCUUGAAGAGAUGAAAGAGCAUUGUGCUAUGAAAGUAGUAUUCGAUACUGGCGAAGCAUGGAAAAAAAAGAAAGAGUACAUAAACCUGGUAAAAAAUGAUGACAUAGACAAAUAUGUGUGCACAAGUUGGUGUCGAUUUCCAUUUUAUGAAGCCAAUUUCGGAUGGGGAAAGCCAUCAUGGGUGAGUUUUGUUCCUGUUCCAGUUGACAAUAUAACUAAUUUGAUGGACAAAAGAGAUGGCAAUGGAAUAGAAGCGUGGGUGAAUCUGAGACAAAAAAAGAUGGCCUUAUUUGAAAGCAACGAGGAGCUGCUUGCAUAUGCUUCUCUCAAUCCUAAGGUCACCUACUGA